UCAAAAUCAGCUUUAUUUUCCUUUGUCUACACAUACAACAGAACAGACAAACAGACAAUAUGGACAUAAAUGUUUAAGUGCAGGCUGUUGAAAGAACUAUAAUAUUGCCUUUUAUUCCCUUAUGUCGCCUUUAGUUUUGUUGUUUUAAAUAAAAACAGUACAGUGCACUAUAUAAAGCAGUGUCAAAUUAAAGGAAAAGCCAACAGAAAUCAAUCAGCAUGUGGCACCAGAGCAGCUUAGGGGCUCUCUCUUCAUUCACCCUGAUCUCCACAGAGGAUCACUCUUCCACGGGGAUGUUCUCACAUUUUUUGGUAUUUGAUGAUGAAAGCGCAGCAUAAACUCUCCCGCAGGCCCAAAAGUGAUCAGCUGGGUUUUCAUCCUGGAAGAAGUCACUACUGCCAUCACAGCUGAAAUGUUUCAUCAUGAGAAGAAGCAGCUCAGAGCUGCUGCAGAUCUUCUCACUGCGAGAGGUCAAAGAUCAGGGGUUUUCUUUCAAUUUGCCAAUCCUCUUAUAUAUCGCGUUUAGAGAGCUUUCAGUGAGUAAAUCAGCUGUCACCAUGAGUCCCGCAGUGAUCUGUGGUGUGUCGUCCACUGGAGUGCACUGCCACCUAGCGCUGGCGUUGGAGAACUGACUGGGGUUUUCUCGGCAUGCAUGAAUAACAUGCUGGCAAAUCCAAACGUCCUUAUUAGAGGUUUAAAAUGAUUCCUGUUGGUGUUUUGGGUCUCACUGGAAAGAAGCUUCCUGCACGCACGCGAACAUAAACGUGCUGCAGUCACAGUUCUGGAUGUUUUACAAAAAGCAAACAGAAACUUUUAAAGAUUUGAAGUUUCUUCAUAGUUUUUAGUGAAGUUUUGUGGCACUUGCUGAGUCCCUGCACAGACCGCUUUUCGUAUCCCUUUUCGCAUCUGUCUGCACUCUCAGCACGAUGGACAAUAAACUCCAGAGAUCAAAGGCGCCCCUGGCACCGUGUUAUUACUCCGACUCCCGCAUCGAAGGUCCCCCGGGCGCCCCGCAUACCUUUCCAGGCUGGGCAGAGCCGGGGAGGCGCUCCAGCAGCCCUCGCCUGAUCCGCGCACCCACUGACACGAUGGCGACCAACAACGAGGCUCCUCUGGGCUCCACUGAGAACCCGAUCAAGUUCAAGGACCAGGACUUUGAAACUCUCCAGGCAGAGUGUCUGAAGUCCGGCGUGCUGUUCUCUGAUCCAACCUUUCCAGCGGAGCAGAAGUCCAUCGGAACACCGGAAGACCCGGACCCUAAAAAGGCUAUUCAAUGGAAGAGACCCAAGGAAAUCAGUAAGAAUGCUGUGUUUGUCGAGGACACGACUGCAACCACUGAUAUCUGUCAGGGCCAACUUGGUAACUGCUGGCUGCUGGCUGCCCUGUCCUGCCUGACCGCGCACCCCUCGCUCUUUAUGAAGGUGGUGCCACCAAACCAAAGUCUGAGCGACCGUUACGCAGGGAUCUUCCAUUUCAAGUUCUGGCAGUAUGGUGAGUGGGUGGAGGUGGUUGUGGAUGACAGGCUGCCAGUACGCGAAGGCCGUCUGCUCUUCAGCUACUCUCGCACCCGCAAUGAGUUUUGGAGCGCCCUGGUGGAAAAGGCCUAUGCCAAGUUAAUCGGAUCUUACGGGAGCCUGAAGGGAGGCAACAUUUCAGAGGGGAUGGAGGACUUCACUGGAGGCAUCGCCCGCUCGCUGGAGAUCUCUUCUCGUACCCCUCGAGUCCUCUGGAGGUCCUUGGCUGCUGCUCUGUCGCGAGGGAGCCUGCUCAGCUGCUUCAUCCAGGCCAAGAGCGCCUCAGAUAUCGGCAAGGUGACAGGAGAGGGGCUGAUAAAGGGCCAUGCCUACGCCAUAACUGACGCUGACAAGUUGACAAAACCAUCAGAUGAGAUUUUGCUGCUGAGGCUGAGAAACCCCUGGGGUUUUAUCGAAUAUUGCGGACCCUGGAGUGACAAGGGGAAAGAGUGGGAGAACGUGGACCCGACAGAGAAGGAAAGGAUCGAGGUGAAAUGCGUUGAAGACGGAGAGUUCUGGAUCAGUGCCGAGGACUUCUCCAACCUCUUUGAUGUUGUGGAGCUCUGCAGCGUCAAUCCAGACUCUUAUGAUGAAGAAAGCACACCUGCCAGCUGGGCCAUCACCGAACACGAAGGCUGCUGGCUGCCGGGGAGUUCUGCUGGCGGUAGCCGCAAAUAUAACAAAACAUUCUGGAAAAAUCCCCAGUAUACGCUGGUCCUCAAAGAGAAGGACGAGAAUGAGGAUGAGGACGAUGACGACGACGUGGGGGACGAUGGCGAGGAUGGCGAUGAUGAAAUGGAAGAUCCGACUGUGACCCCAGAUCCGAAGAAGAGAGCCGAGAAGCAGAAGCAGAAAGUCAAACGUUGCACGGUGCUGGUGGAGCUGCUGCAGAAAAACCGAAGGCAGAGGGAUAAACUCAACUUCCUGCACAUCGCCUUUCACAUCUAUAAGGUUCCUUCUGAGAACACUUGUCUGGACCGCAGCUUCUUUAUGAAGAAUCGCCCAGCGUGUCGUUCUGGGAAGUACAAAGGUCAAAGAGGUGUGUGGAGAAAGAUGCGCCUGGAUCCAGGUACUUACGUCAUUGUGGUAUCCACCUACCGACCCAACAUCCCUGGAGAGUUCUUCGUCCGCACUUUCUCCAAGAUUGGAAACACUCUCGAGACUCAAGACUUUGCCUGCACCUCCAGCUUCUCACAAGUGAUGACCGCUCCUGUCUCCUCAAAGGAUCAAGAGAGAGUGGAGAUGACUUUUGACAAGCAGGCUGGCCUAGAUGACAGGCUGAACGUCAAAGACAUCAUGAAGCUGUUCAACUCAGUUCUUGAGAAAGAUUACCAUCUGCCUUUGGAGACGUGCAGAGAGCUCAUCUUUGGAGAGGAUACUAAAGGGCGCUGCGCUCUCAGCCGUGAGCAAGCAGGAACCCUGCUGGCCAGUGUGCGCAAUCUGCAGUCCAUCUUUUCUCAGUUUGAUGAGGAUUCUUCUGGAAGCAUGAGCCGCUUUGAACUCAGCUCAGCACUGCAGGCUGUUGGAUUCCAGUGCGAUAACAAGGUGGUUGAGCUGCUGUCUGAGCGGUUCACAUCUGGAGAGCUGGACAUGCCCUUCCACGGCUUUUUGUCAUGUGUCACCAGGCUGCGCAAGCUUUUUGCUCUGUAUGAGUCUGAGACCAGCCAGGAGGUGAAAGACAGAGGGAUCAACUCUUGGCUGCUUCAGUUUCUGACAGUGUGACGGCGUUUCAUGAAAAGCUGUUCCACACGGACCCCGAUGAGCUACCGGAGAAAUAUGAGAGAAGCUGCUCUCGCUUGCUGUGCUGUUGUAUUCUUGCAUUCUUGCUUAACUGAGUAGUCCUACAAUUUGUAAUCAAAUCCAGUUAUGUUACUCCACAUGUAAUAAAAGCAGUUUUAGAACCGA